AUUUCUCUUCCUCCGUCAUGCACCGCCAUAGUUGCCAACUGUAAAACCUCAAAUAUAAAAGCAAACUAAUACGUUCCUCCUACUUCAAAUCUCUCUCUCUCUCUCUCUCUCACAAUUCAAAGAGCAGAGAGGUUAUUGAUCACCAGAAAGUAUGUACUUGUACCUUCUUCGAGCUUAGAACAAGCAAAACGUUUCUCCUCUGCAAGCUUUAACAAAAAAAAUUCCAAAUAUAUCAAAGAAGCUGUGUUUGUUUUAAACAAGAGAUCCCCAAAAGGUAUCGGUUCUUGCAACUGGUACUCUCGAUAGUCGAUAUGGCGUUGGCAAGGAUUGCGAGGAAUGGCUUGAGACGGUCAGGAGGCACCAUUGGCAGCUACACAAGUGAUAAGGAUAUACUUUGCGAGGGAGUAUCGGCAUACAAGUGUCCCUUAGCUUCACCUCAAAAUGUUACAGCUGGUGGCAACAUGUCAUUCCUUUCAAGCAUCAGGAAGGUAGAUCAUGUUAGUUUCAGGAGCAGGGGAAUAAGUGUAACCCCACAAUAUCAAUUUGCUCAAGCACAGAGGAUUGUGGAGGAGUCUGAUUCGGAGAAUGAAAACCCGAGGUAUCCUAGUCUGGAAGCCACCAAGCCAGGGGAAAAACCAAGGGUGGUGGUCCUUGGAACUGGAUGGGCAGCUUGCAGAUUCCUUAAAGGUCUCGACACCAGAAUAUAUGAUGUUGUUUGCAUAUCACCAAGAAAUCACAUGGUUUUCACUCCCUUGCUUGCAUCAACUUGUGUUGGAACUCUGGAGUUCCGAUCAGUAGCUGAGCCAGUCAGUCAGAUACAAUCUGCUUUGUCAAAGGAUCCCAAUUCCUACUUCUACUUGGCCUCCUGCACUGGUAUCAACAAGGACAAACAUGAGGUGUACUGUGAGACUGUUAGCGAUGGUGGACUUCCCCAUGAACCCUAUAAAUUUAAAGUUGCAUACGACAAGCUUGUAAUUGCUGCUGGAGCUGAGCCAUUGACCUUUGGUAUAAUGGGAGUGAAGGAACACGCAUUUUUUCUUCGUGAGGUAUAUCAUGCCCAAGAAAUAAGGAGGAAGCUUCUCCUGAACCUGAUGCUCUGCGAAAAUCCAGGAGUGUCAGAAGAAGAAAAGGAGCGGCUGUUGCACUGCGUGGUUAUUGGAGGUGGCCCUACUGGGGUAGAGUUUAGUGGUGAACUGAGCGAUUUUAUCAUAAGAGAUGUCCGUCAGCGGUAUACUCAUGUGAAAAAUUACAUUAGAGUCACCCUCAUUGAGGCAAAUGAAAUCCUUUCAUCGUUUGAUGUUGGACUGCGGCAAUAUGCCACAAAACAUUUAACCAAGUGCGGUGUAAGACUUGUGCGAGGCGUUGUGAGAGAGGUGCACCAGGAAAAAAUUGUUCUUAGUGAUGGAAGUGAUGUUCCUUAUGGCCUCUUGGUCUGGUCCACAGGGGUUGGUCCCUCUGAGUUUGUAAAAGCACUAAAUCUUCCAAAGUCUCCUGGUGGAAGGAUUGGUGUUGAUGAAUGGUUGCGUGUUCCUUCUGUGGAGGAUAUAUUUGCACUAGGGGAUUGUGCUGGUUUUCUUGAACAGACAGGGAGGCCAGUGCUUCCGGCUCUAGCCCAGGUUGCAGAAAGGGAAGGCAAAUAUCUUGUGGAGUUGUUCAAUAAAAUUGGGAAGCAGAAUGGGGGCAAGGCUUUCAGUGCAAAGGACAUCCCUCUUGGAGACCCUUUUGUCUAUAAGCAUCUCGGAAGCAUGGCAUCUGUAGGGCGGUAUAAGGCACUUGUUGAUCUACGACAGUCCAAGGAUGCCAAAGGCGUCUCGCUUGCUGGGUUCAUAAGCUGGUUCAUUUGGCGCUCUGCUUAUCUUACGCGUGUUGUCAGCUGGAGGAACAGGUUUUAUGUGGCUGUGAACUGGGCAACCACACUGGUCUUCGGUAGAGAUAACUCAAGGAUAGGCUGAUCGGACAUCACUCAGCAAAAGCACAUGCAAGGUAAAUCACUAGGAUCAGUUUGCACCAGUUGCUGCCUUUGCAUCAGCUUCAUUUUUGAGUUGUCACUUGUAGAAUCACAUUAACAACAUGGGAUUGAUAGAUUCUGGAUGAGAAGAGAUCGGAGAUACAAAAACAGAAGAAAAAUAGAAUCAGAUAGACUUUUGUGGUUCUGUCUGUAAUGUUUAUUUAUAUACCUGCAGAUACAAUUCUGAAAAAGAAUUUACUCUCCUAAUGAUUUAUUUGGAUUACAUUAUUGUGUUGUGUAUUUAAUACAAGAAGAACAUCCAC